CAUCAGUUUAGGAGCCUCUUUAUUUACCCUUAGUUUAGUUUAGGUGUAGGCUUCACUGAGCGCACUCAAAUUUGGAUAACUCUAAAUUGGAUUGGUGCGCAAAUGGCACAUGUUUUUAGCUCUGCGGUUUUUAUUGUAACCCGAGAUUGAGGGAAUAUAUGUAAAAGAAAAGUAUGCUUUUCGCAGAGGACACUACCGCAAGGCUGUGCAUGGUGUCCAAGCCACUCUCGAGCGUCUGAGGGUUUUUUUUUUCUUUAUUUUUACGCGUGAAGUUCUUUCCCCGAAAUUAAAUUUUUCCUGAAGUUCUCUGCGCGUUUUAUUGCAGCGGAGAGAGCGACAAAGGGGUUAAAGAGAGUAAAGCAGGGGGAAAGUGAAUCAGUAUGGAAGAAAAUGAUCACGGCAACAGAGACGUGGUGGAGCGGCAGCAGGAGUCGGCGGACGAAUCAAACAGAGGCAUCCUCCCGCUGCUGCAGGCGCCGGGGAACCCGCAGAUCCCGCACCGGGUCACGAAUUUCUUUAUCGACAACAUCCUGCGACCGGAUUUCGGGAGGAGAAAAGACGCGAGCCCAAUCCGCGAAGAGAGCAGCAACCCUGCGUCGCGGGAGAGUCACCACAGCCCCGCCGCGCCUCAGACCGAGCCGGUGCAAGGGAGCACAGUGCCGGCGGAGGGCACCUCCACUCCGCACACAGUUAACGGGGCGAAGAAGCCCGCUAUAGCCGCCGACGAGCCUCUGAAACCCCGCGGGGAGAACGGAGACCAGUGCCUAAGCUCAGACUCAGACAGUUCCCAAGCCAGCUCAAACCAAGCCAAGUCCUCUCAGCCUUUGCUGUGGCCAGCGUGGGUAUACUGCACCAGAUACUCGGACAGGCCUUCUUCAGGGCCAAGAUCUCGCAAACCAAAGAAGAAAACGACGACCACCAGCAAAGAGGACAAGCGACCACGGACGGCCUUCACAGCAGAGCAGCUGCAAAGACUCAAAACAGAGUUCCAGACGAACCGGUAUCUGACCGAGCAGAGGCGGCAGAACCUGGCGCAGGAGCUGGGCCUCAACGAGUCCCAGAUCAAGAUCUGGUUUCAGAACAAGAGGGCAAAAAUCAAGAAGGCCACCGGCGGUAAAAACGGCCUGGCCUUGCACCUGAUGGCACAGGGACUGUACAAUCACGCCACCGUCUCGUCGAAGGACGAAAAAUCAGACAGCGAUUGA